AGUCGCGUGGUUGACCGCUAUCACAGCCGGAUGUAUUCCUCGUGGACUGAACUUCUCCUCAGGCAGCAAUACUUUUAAACUUAUUCUUUUAAUCAGGGCCAGUGUUGCCAUAGUGACCGUGAUAUCUCGGUGUUUCCUGGGGGCUCGUGCUUCUUUAAACACUCCGCCGCGUGAGUUUCAAACUGCGCCGUUAGCCUGUUAGCUGCUGGAGCUAAGUUUGGAUGCUGGCAUAGAAAUAGAGUGACGUCAUCUAUCUGGAACCCUCCUCAGAUGGACAGCAGCUCAUCACCACAGGAGGAUGAGAAACGCAGCUCUGCGCCUCCUCCAGAGGUGAUGGAUGUGACCGUCCCUGAAACACCACCUCAGCCUGAGGAAACCAGCUGUCUCACUGAGGAGGCAAACACAGCACAUCCACCACAGAUGGAUCACUAUGGCGUAGCGUCCAUAAAGGAGGAGAUGGAGGUCACCAUGGUGACGCAGGAUGAUGCCACAGCAGCGAACAGUGGAACCCGGGCAGAGGGCAUGGCAGCAGCAGCAGGGGGAGACCCUGAGGCCGUCCCCUUGGAUCCGGACUCAGAUGAUUCCGACAGUGACAGCUCUUCAUCCUCAUCCUCGUCUUCCUCCUCAUCCUCGUCUUCGUCUCCCGCCCCGGUCAUGGAGGACGAUGAUGAAGGUUUCAGCCAACCAGCGCCUAUUAAAGUUCGUGGUGAAGUCUUACUUGAGGAGCUUCCAGCCGUGGAGGAGGUCUCUGUGAGCUUACCUGAGGAAGCGGAGCUGCAGCCGGUGGGGACGGUCUCCAGCAUCGUCCAGCAGCUCGUGAUCGUCCAGUCCCUGAAAAACACCCCCCCGCUGAACGAGGACAGCAUCCUGUUCCGCUCCGACCGGGUGGCAGUGGGAAAGGUGUUCGAGGUGUUCGGCCCCGUCUGCAGCCCUUUGUACGUCCUCCGCUUUAACUCUUCAGACCAGAUCAGCAACAAAGGCCUCUCAGAGGGAUGCACCGUUUAUUUUGCUCCUUCACUCAAGGAGUACACAGAGUACAUCCUCACCCAGCAGCUCAAACUCCUGAAGGGAUCCGAUGCUUCCUGGAAGAACGAUGAGGAGCCGCCGGAGGAGGCUUUAGAUUACAGCGAUGACGAAAAGGAGCAGGAAGCCAAAAGGAAACUAAGGACCCACAGGAAGAAGGACACUGGCAGCGUGGAUAAAGGCGCUCAGCAUCAGGGAUCAGACCGCCGCAGCUUCCAUCCUAGACCACCAGGCAAUCGCCAUCGCCAUCAGCAGCCAAGAAACGCCCCGCCCCCCUACGCACAACACCACCAUCCACCUGGACACACAGAGCCCCCCCCUUCAUACCUGCCUCCCCCUCAUUACCCCUUCUCCCCCCAAGGCUUCCCUCUCUACCCCCCUCCUCCUCUCCCUCCUCCAGCUUUUUUCAACCCUUCCUUCUCUCCUUCUUUCUGGCCUCCAAACUCUCUUCCCUACGUUGAUUUCCCCCCUCCUCCUCCUCCUCCCCCACCUCCCCCCUCAGCCCCUCACUAACACGUGUCCCCCAAAGCUUCAGGUCAAUCGGCCCCCUUUGGUCCUGCUGAUGAAGGGACUGUAGGAGGGGAGGAGGCAGGGAGAGAUUUCCUCUUGCUUCCUGCUUUCCUCCUAUAUUUUCACAUUAAAGAUGGCGUCUGAAAUGGAACGAACCUUUUCUCUGUUCCCUCGCCUGUUUGGACCCGGGCCUGCAGUGGAACCUGCUCUGCCAGCUGCUUAUCAGCUCCUCCACCUGCAGAGAAAGAUCAAUAUUGAUCUGUGUUUAAAUUGUAAAUGAUCUGCUGAUAAUUCGCUCAUGUUUCCCUGCAUUUCCUGAUCCAGCCCUAAUGAUGUCGGGUCAUAGAGUUAGGAGAACCUUUUAAACCGGCCAUUAACAAUCCCACAGCUGUGAAGCGUUCCAGGCGUGGUUUAGAUCCACCUGGGUCCAAACAGAACCAGGGUGACUGCCUGUAGGCCUGUGGACCUGCUGUGAACCAGACGGUGAGGUCUUAGUUCCUCUGAUGGGCUGAAGUUUUCUCACGUUCAGGAUGCUGAUUGGAUCAGAACCAGGACUGGGAAGCUUUUAGAAACCAGAGCAGACUGGUUUCAUGGACGUUUUCAUGGACCUCAACAGGAAAUAAUUUCCUCUCAUUCCAAAUGUUUGAGUUAAGAACCUCUGAGCUCAGGAGAUGUUUUGUUUUUGUCUCUUUAAGAAGAGCAUCGUGUUCAUUUGGAGACGACCUUAUCAUUUUUAUUGAUCCCAGUGUUUCUGUUGUUGCUUUUCUGUGAAUUUGGGUUAAAAACUUGGAGCCACAUCCUGUGCAGCUGCUGCAUGAAGAACCCGCUGGAUGCAGCUGCAGUCAGAGACUCUACAUGUUUAAUCCGUCUGAAAUAAGUUCUGUUGGUUGUGAUCUGAAAUGGAACUGGGAGGAUAUAGU